AUGUCCGCCCAGGGGCAGUACGUCGGUGUGGACGAGGAGGUGCGGCACAUUUUCGGCACGACCUACCCGUGCCAAACGGCAGCAGACGUGCGAGUCUACUGCACCCCAAAGGCCUGCGAGGAGUUCAUAUCGGACCCUGGCAUGCGCCGUCUGGGGGCGGUGAGGCUGGAGAUGCCGCCGCCUCACACCGAGGGCAGCCGUGAGUUGGAGGUGGUGUUCAAGUUUGGCGGCGCUGAGAUUGAGGUGACAGCGGCCGACGUGGUUUCAGGGAAGGAGGUGCGGGCGUCGCUGCAGUUUUUGACGGGCGUGUGA